UUGACAUCAAAUCUCCUUCAUUUCCUAUUUCAUUCUGUUUCACGCGUUGACCAGAGCAACCAUAGAAAUUUCCAGAAAAAUCCAGAAAAAAAAGAAGGAGGAGCCUUUUCGUAAAAAAAGUAAAUUUUUUAGAAUUCAUGUCGAGCUUCUUAUCGGCUUUAUUUCGUGUGAUCGGAAGAGGAUAAUACCAGAUAUUAUUUCUAGUCUAACCUCUCUCAAUUUUGACUAUUUAUUUAAUAAUUGCUGAAUAUGACUUCAACUUCUUCUGAGCUAUUCAAUACAUCCUCCGCACUACCGAGACGUCGAGCCCACUACUCAGAUCUUAUUCAUUCUCCACAUAUUUUUCGAGUCGCAGAUUCAGAAGAUACAAGAAUGGAGAAAAUAACAGAAUUUGUACUAAAUGGACAAGAAGAAGCAUCCGAUGAUGAUGCAAAUGGUCAAUUAGAUUGGAUUCUGGCAGGGAUAAUAUGCAUUGUCUGUAUUGCAUUCUUGGUAAUUGCAGUGAAAAUUUGCUACAAUUAUUCAAAGAAAUUUCCGGAAUCUUCAGAAAAGGAGCACGAGAGCAUUGAAAAUUUCAAUAGACGAGCGAUAUCCACAAAAGGAACACGGGGCCACGUCAGAUAUUCGGUUGCUUAAAAUUUUAAUGUGAUGGCAAAAGAUUAACGUAUAAAUAAUGUACAUAAUAUUGAACUGUUGCUCUUUAAAAGAUUUCCGAUUGAACUUAUUUUGCAUUUAAGUAUGAAGAUUGAAGAUUAACAUCA